AACUCAGCUCAGUACAUGCUAAGUAAAUUUUGUGCAGAUUAAGCAAUGACAUCAGGCCAGAUGCAAACUGUCCUGGGUCCCAUCCCACCCAGUGCCCUGGGCCGCACCCUCACCCAUGAGCACAUCAAGAUGGAUUACAAAUGCUGCCUGAGACCACCCUGGAGGGAGUCUGAUGCAGCCAAAUUGGCAAAUUCGGAGUUUACUAUGGCUAACCUUGGGUGGAUACAGCAGAAUCCCUAUAGCCAUAAACUCAACUUGGCCCUUGGAGAUGAGCCAUUUGAUGAUAUUGUGGCAGAACUUGACUAUUUUAAACAGGAAGGUGGUCAGAGUAUUGUUGAAGUAACUACAGUUGGUAUUGUACGGGAUGUGGAAUACCUUGCCAAAGCAGCAUCAGUGACUGGCCUAAAUAUCAUCGCUGGAACAGGCUACUAUUUGGACUCCACUCUUCCGGCAGAAGUGAAAUCUUCAACAGUUGAAGAGCUUUCAAAGACCAUGGUCAGAGAAAUUACUAAAGGUGUUGGUGAUACAUCAAUAAAGUGUGGUGUCAUUGGUGAAAUUGGGUGCUCUUGGCCAUUGGAGCCCUCAGAGAAGAGGUCUCUCUUAGCAGCUGCUGCAGCACAGACUUCAACUGGUGCUCCUUUGAUCAUCCACCCUGGCCGUAACGAGUCAUCACCCGUGGAGAUAGUCAGAAUUCUCCAAGAAGCUGGAGCAGACAUCAAUAAAACUGUCAUGAGUCAUCUUGAUCGCACUAUUUUUGAUAGAGAAAAACUUCUGGAGUUGGCAGCCACUGGGAUUUAUCUGGAGUAUGACUUUUUUGGUAUUGAACUGUCUUAUUAUCAGCCAAACUAUGCUGUGGAUGGCAUUAGUGAUGCACAGAGAAUCCAGAAUAUCAAAUUUUUGGCCUCAGAAGGCUAUGAAGAUAAGAUUGUCAUUGCACAUGAUGUGCAUACUCGCCAUCGACUCGUAAAGUAUGGUGGCCAUGGGUAUGCGCACAUACAGAGGAAUGCAGUUCCAAAAAUGCUGAUGAGGGGAAUUUCUCAGGAGUUGGUUGACAAGAUUCAGAUUUCAAAUCCUAAAAUGUGGCUAACUUUCAAAUAAAAUAGUUUUAAUAGGGGAACCUUGAAUGUUGUUAAGUAUAAGUUGGAAUAACUUCAAUACAUACAUACAUGCACACUUUAUUGUAACUCUUUACAAGGGUUUUUCAGUUACAAGGCUACAUAAAUAUCACACUAAAAUAACUAAAUAAAUAACUAAAUAACAAAGGUAAUAAAUAUGCAUUAGAAAAGUAGUGAAAUACAGUAAGAAAGACAAAAAAAUUACAAUGGAUUGGAUUGACUAUGAACAAAUUCAUAGAUUAAUCAGAAAAAAAUAGGUUAACAAAUGAAUUCUUUUUCUAAAACCUUUGACGGAAUCUGAAGAUUUAACAUCAUCUCUGAGGUUAUUCCAGAGCCAAGCACCAUGAUAGGUGAAAGACCACUGUCUGGUGGUUCAAUGGCACCUGGGAAUGUUCAGUUAUAUGUAGGUUUUCUAUUCAAUGUUCAACUCAUCUGAGAUGAUAGUUGCCCAGGGCAAAGUGGGCACUGGGUUGAUGGCUCUCCUCCAGGAAUUUAUAGGUAAAAUGUAUUUUUCAUUUUGAUCCAGUCAUUUAAAGAACAAUGAUUUAUUCAUAAUUUCCUGGAUACAAUCUUCAUUUGUCAACUGAAAUGCAUUAAUGAAUAGAUCAAUGUCAUGACUUCAUUCAAAUGGCAAAUGGUCCAUUUUGUGUAAAUGAUCUAUACAUUAUUAGUUAAAAUGGAUUUCAAGUUAGAAUGAUCUCAAGCAUGUAAGAUUUAUUUAUUCUUUGUUCAAGAAUUUCUAGUUCCUUGUCUAUGUUAAUGUGUUUGAUGUUGCUGAUCAGCUCGCCUUUUGCACCACUCUGUCAGUUUGAUGAAAGAUUAGCAAAGUCUCCACAGUUCUCAAUUUAAGGUCAUUCAUCAAUAAAAUCAAAUAAGCCAAGAAAUUUUCCAAGACGAGUAAAUGUUAUAAACUUCAA